AUGACCUUGCUGAUGGAUCUUCUGGAUCCUUUCAAGUCCUACUGUGUUGUCUUUUUGGUUGGCGUCCUUCUCCAUGUUGUAUUCUUCUGUCGUGGAGAAUGGGAUAUCUAUACGAACAAGAUUGUUGUCGCUUGGGUUGGGACCUUGGCAGCUUCGACGUUUCUGAUUGCAGAGAGCGCCGAGUAUGAAUCCGACUCUCAUUCGGAGGCAUUCACGAUCGCCUUGAAACAUUGUUCUACACUCGCGGCCGGCACCAUAUGCAGUAUUCUCAUUUACCGAGCUGCGUUUCAUCGACUCAAUGUCUUUCCUGGCCCGUUCAAAGCUCGACUCUCGAACCUCUAUGUUACGGCCUUGGGACUAAAGAAGAGGCACCUCUACAAAGAGGUCCAGGAGCUGCACAGGAAAUACGGAGAUAUAGUUAGAAUUGGACCUUCGGAGAUUUCCAUCAACAGUUCCGAGGCACUUCAUGCUCUCCACUCCAACAACACCCCAUGUAUCAAAGGCCCUUGGUACAACAUCAUCUACCCGAUGGUUUCACUCUUAGCCGAUAGGAAUAAGAAAAGCCAUACAGAAAGGCGCAAAACCUGGGACAAGGCAUUUAAUGCCAAGGGCAAAGUGGUGCAAUAUGUAGGACUCCUCCUCCACCAACUCGAGAAGAUGGAGGGCCAGCCAUUCAACGCAAAGCUUUGGAUUCACUAUUACACCUUCGACAUCAUGGGAGACCUUGCUUUUGGGCAGAGCUUUGGCAUGCUGAGAGAUGGCUUGAAGCAUUACUACAUGAAACUUGGCGAUGAGAAUAUGUCACUUAUUGGAGCUUUCUCUCGUCUCAUCUGGCUCUUCCCUCUCUUCAAGGCCAUCCCUGGUGUUAACUAUACCCAUCUCAAGUUUCAGCGGUGGCUGAGGGAGCAGAACGAGCCACCUGUGUCGGAUGUGUUUUCUUGGAUCUUGGAGGACUAUGAGUCGAAAGACCAACCAACAAAGCAAGACUUUUUGAACCUGCACGGAGACGCCCACUUGAUUGUCGUGGCUGGAAGUGACACUACGGCCGUGACGACUACCUCCUUGUUUUACGAACUUUCUCAGCGCCUAGACAUUUGCUCUCAACUUCAAGAAGAAAUCGAUGAGUACAAAAAAGAGCACAAGAAGUCUGACUAUGCCUCUCUUUCGCACCUUAAGCUUCUUCAGGCAUGCAUCGACGAGACCCUUCGCUUGCACCCGGUGGUUCCAUCAGGUCUUCAACGCAUGACGCCGCCGGAGGGUUUGCAAAUUGGCGAUACCUUUAUCCCAGGAGAUACAAUUGUACAGGUCCCAAGUUAUACACUACAACGAGAUGAGAGGGUAUUUUUGCGGCCGAACGAAUUCCUACCUGAAAGAUGGACCUCGCAACCAGAUUUGGUCAAGGAUGCAUCCGCAUUUGCUCCCUUCUCUAUGGUCCAAGGCCGUAACUCUUGCGUAGGAAAGCAGCUCGGAUUGAUGGAGAUACGCUACGUUACCACCGAGAUCUUGUCCCGAUACGACAUCCAGUUCGCACCAGGGAAUGAUCCAAAGGCGUAUCUGGAAAACAAGAUGGAUGUCUUCACGGCGGCUGUGCCAGAUUUGAAUCUGGUCUUCACUCCAAGGAUUUGA